AUGACUGAUGGGACAGAAGCUCCCAAUGCCAGGCGUAGGCUGCCGUUCUUCCGCAGUGCCCGGGCCCAGCCCGCCCAGCCUAUCGCCCGACGCCGCCAAUCGACGGUCCACUGGCAUCGUGGCAUUCGUUCCUUGUUCUACCUAAUCGCCUUUAUCUUCUGCCUUUUGGUGGAGAUCGGAACUAUCUCCAACAAGCCCGUUUUACGCGACACCUACUUUCUUUACCUCGAUCUUUCCAACAUUAUCCCCGUUUCGGUCCCCAAUGCCGUUUUGAUCAACUCCAUCGCUCGGUCCAUUGGUCUGCACGAUUUCUACCAGGUUGGCUUGUGGAACUUUUGCGAGGGGUAUGACGAUGAGGGAAUUACACACUGCUCUACGCCGGAGACAUUGUACGCCUUCAAUCCCGUCACGAUCAUCAUUAAUGAACUAUUGGCGGGCGCUAGUAUUGCACUGCCCUCCGACAUCACCAGCCCACUCAAGCUCGCCCGACUCGCAUCACGAUGGAUGUUCGGAAUUUUCUUAGCAGCGACAGUCUUGAACUUUGUGAUGAUUUUCGUUAGCCCUCUAGCGGUCUCCUCCCGGCCGCCACAAGCGAUUAAGUACCUGGUCGGCAAGGAUCAAUCCAUUGGCACUAACGGAGAUCCGGGCCGCAUGCCCCACCGCCGUCGCACUUUCAUUUGGCUGCGCUCUUUGCCAUUCCUCGUCAUCACUUUUUUCGCGGCGCUGCUGACCAUCGUGGGAUCCGUCGUCGCGACAGUCAUGUUCAUCAUUUUCGCCAAUGUCUUCGAAAAUGCGGAUCCCAGCUUGAACAUCAAGGCCCACAUCGGCAAGCAGAUGUUUGCAUUCAUGUGGAUCGCUUCGGCUUUUAGUCUGUUUGGCUUCAUUAUUCAAUUUGGCGACUGCUGUGCGGCUUGUUGUGGCGGCCGGAAGGCGCGCAAGAAGCUUAAGCAGGAUGGAAUGGUGAUGCGGGAGAAGUCUCCGCAUAGUAGUGGGGACUCCCCUGAUGGACAUGUUCAGCAACAUUAUGAACCGCACGCCGUUACUACGGAUUAA